GCAUUGGAUGCGGCACCACUGCUCAAGUUACAUGUCGCUGCAUGAGCCGUUGGCCGCCGACUGGACGGAAGACCCGCUGGUGUCGACAGCGUUCGCCCCGCAUCGUCGAUGCCGUGAAGUUCCUUCCGAUUUGCCGCCGAUUCCGCAUGCCUCCACGAUCGACCUCGACUACUCGGCCAAACCAACCAUCAUCGAGGACACGUCCGUCGGCGCCCAUUGCCGCGAUACGCUCCUCGACUUGUAUGCUGCGACUCUGAUCUUUCUCAAACACCUCAUGGGCCUCGAAAGCGUCCUUGUCCUGCUCGCAUCUGUCAGCGCCACCACGGGGUACUACUACUUGUCCGUCGACGCCACCGCAACAACGUCGUCGUCAUCGUCGCAUCGCUUCAGCGCCAACCUAUCGUGGAUGCUAAUCACAUUCGCUGUUGUAUCGCCCAUGAUCAUGCAGAUCAAGCAAGCAUUCCUCCGCCGUGAAAAUGCCCUCGACAACUUGGCUGAUUUCAAAGCCAUCGCAUCCAACGUCCUCCUCGCCAACGUUACGUGGAACUGGGGCCAGAACGUCCGUGCCCAGCUUCCUCCGGGACACAACCCUCGGGCCAAGCUGCUCCUGCGCGGCCUCGUUAGCGACUUGUACUCGCUGUUGAAGCUCCCGACAUUUACCCGUGGUCGGCAUCGGCUCACCAAGCGAGGCGUCAACUUGGCUGUGCAGUACCAAUGGCACGUCGACGCGAUCUUGCAGCGCAUGAUGGUGGCGAUCCAGCAGCUCCACGUGCAAGUCGAAGUCAUGAAAGGCCUCGGGCUCCCGCCCAACGAAGCAUCGCGUAUCAACCAGUACCACUGGUUCCUGCAGGCGCGCAUCGAACGGCUGUGCAACAUCAAGAUGUACCGCACGCCGCAGGCCACGAGGUCGUUCACGCGGCUGUUCAUCCUCAUCCUGCCGUUCUUCUACGGCCCAUACUACAUCUACCUGAUCGAGUCCUCCGACGGCCAGACGAGCUUUGCCUUUGCGCUAGUCCUGAGCGCCAUGACCAGCAUCACGAUGAUCGGGAUCUUCAACGUGGAAAAGGCGCUGGAGGAUCCAUUCACAGAGGAAGGCCUGGAUGGCGUCCAGAUCGACGUUGCGAUUCAGCGGAUUUUCAACGCCUUCGACGCAAUCUACCCGACCGCCGAAUAGACUUGUCGAAUGCGCUUGACGUACAUAUGAACGAGCUUCAUGCAUCGCA